AUGGACAUCAACAUCUCGCGCCCGGACAACGCCACCAUCCUGAUGCUGAAAAACCCAGCCAUCGCCGUGGUCCUCCCCGUGGUCUACUCGUUCGUGGCCUUGGUCAGCAUCCCCGGCAACUUAUUCUCGCUGUGGGUACUGUGCCGGGACAUCGGCCCCAAAUCCCCGUCCGUCAUCUUCAUGAUCAACCUGAGCGUCACGGACCUGGCGCUGGCGAGCGCGCUCCCGUUCCAGAUCUAUUACCACUGCAACCGGCACCACUGGGUGUUCGGGCCGCGCCUGUGCACGGUGGUCACGCUGGUCUUCUACGCCAACAUGUAUUCGUCCAUCCUCACCAUGACCUGCAUCAGCGUGGACCGCUUCCUGGGCGUGGUGUACCCGCUGGCGUCCGCGCGCUGGCGGCGGCGCCGGUACGCGGUGGCCACGUGCGCGGGGAUGUGGUGCCUCCUGCUCGCCGCGCUCUCGCCGCUGGCGCGCACCGACCUCACCUACAAGGUGGAGGAGCUGGGCAUCGUCACGUGCUUCGACGUGCUCAAGUCCACCAUGCUCCCCAGCGUGGCCAUGUGGGCCAUCUUCCUCUUCACCCUCUUCGUCGUCCUGUUCCUGGUCCCGUUCGUGGUCACCGUGGCCUGCUACACGGCCACCAUCCUGCGCCUGUUGCGCACGCCCGAUACGCACGGCCAGGAGGGCCAGCGCCGGCGCGCGGUCAGCCUGGCCGCCGUGGUGCUGCUCGCCUUCGUCACCUGCUUCGCGCCCAACAACUUUGUGCUCCUGGCCCACAUGGUGAGCCGGCUCUUUUUGGGCACCAGCUACUACCACGUCUACAAGCUGACGCUCUGCCUCAGCUGCCUCAACAACUGCCUGGACCCCUUCGUGUACUAUUUCGCCUCGCGCGAGUUCCAGCUCCGGCUCCGGCGCUAUGUCGGGUCCUCCUGCUCCUCGUCCCCGGGGCCGCCCGCGUCCCCCGGCGCCUUGGACACGCGCCGCGAGAGCGUCUUCUCCGGCCGGACGCUGUCGGCGCCGUCCGUGUCCAGCUGCCACGGGGACGGGCUGGAGGCGGCGGCCGCGCGGCCCUUCCUGCAGAGGCAGGAGAGCGUGUUCUGA